GGGAGGCCCGCCCGGGCCCAGUGCCGCACGGAGAGGCGGUGGCGCUGGAGGCCAACACCCCGGCUCGCGACCUGUAGCUGACGGUGCUGGAGCCGCGAGUCACCGUGUUGGCUGGCCAUGGAGACUUGGAAAAGGCCGGUGAGGUGCGUCUCCAGCUGCGCUGUCAGCACGGCCGGCCCGUGCUGGCCGCGCCCCAGGCGGCCGACGCGCCGGCUCCCGGCGGCGGCGGCGAGCGGGCGGUACGGGCGCUGCUGCAGCUGCCGACAGCUGCCGCCGCCGCGGACAGCUGCCCGCUGCUGGUGGUCGUCUCCGAGCCGGCCCUGCUCUGCUGGCAGCCGGCACUGCUGCUCUGGCUGUCCCUGGCCACUCAGCUGGCCAGCAGCUGAGUGGCCCGGCGCCGCCGCCACUACCCCAGCCGCCCGAGCCGCCGCCGCCGCCGCCAUGGAUGUGCCCCGGCCGCAAGGACACUCGGGUACCUCGCGAUCGGCACGGAGCCACACCACGGAGAGGAACCUACCCGCAGUGUCACCCAACACCUCCGCUGCGGCGGCCGUCUCCCCCACUCCGCCGGCGCCGCCCGCCGCUCCGACUUUGGCCUGGCUGCCGGCCCUGGAGCGUCUGGAGGUGCGCCUUCAGAUCAGCGCGGUCACCGUCACCGUUCCGGCCGGUCCAGAGAGCGGCGGCGGGGCGGCCGGGGACGCGGAGCGGACGGCGGACCCGCUCCCGGCCGCGGCCGGCCACCACCCGGCGCCGGUACCGGGCCGGGUCCGCAGCAGCAGCGACUCGGGCCACCGGUACUGCCUGCACGGACAGCUGGUCUCUGUGCUGCCGUCAGUCCGACUGGACAGCGCUGCGCUCAAAUCGGCCGCCCUGCCGACAGUGCCGGAGGUGCCCGUCCGACUCACCAGACCUUCAGCGGCCGCAGCCGGCUCCCAGCUGCGCUCGCCGAGCCAGACGCAGCAGGUGAUGUCGCCGUCGGUCGUGGUGCGCGACUGUGCGUCCAUCCCGUGUCCAACGCCCCCCCCCACACCGCGCGCUGCUGCCGGGCCCGCCGUCGUAGUUUUAUGGCCUUGCGCCGUCAGUCGCCAGCUGGUGGUGGCGACCCGUGAUCGCUCGCGUACGUUCGCCGGCGCGCCCAUUGCAGAGAAGGGGUUCGCGCAUGCCCAUUGUAGAGGGGCGCGCCCCUUGCGGAGGCGGUACGCGCUAUGCUGUAGACAGUAAUGCUUGUUGGGUAGCCCCUUUGCGCAUUGUUUGUUCAUGGAUGUAAAUACAAGUUACAUGACUGAUGAG